AUGGGGUCAAAAAUAAUUGCAUUGAUUGUAUGUUUACCAUUAUUACUAUUAUUUAUUGCAUUGGGACUUGCAAUUUUCUAUUGUUUACGUUCAAGAAAACGUAUUCGACAACGUACUACAUCAACUCCAGCGCGAAAUCAUUUACCUAGAUCACAACCAACUCCAACCUCAAAUUUUACUAAUAUUCCUGCACAAGUCCCAUACCCGACGGGUUCAUCGCAAGUUCCAUAUCCAAUGAGUUCAUCUCAGGCUCCAUAUCCAAUUAGUUCAUCACAAGAUGGAAUGCCAACAGGAGCAGCAGUGAUAUCACAAUUCCUAGAUAAAGAAAAAAGCUAUUCAUAUAUUCAUUACAAUAUGAAACGAUAA